CAGUCCACCGUCCCCCCAUUGUAGGCAGGCCCCUCCUCUUUUGGAAGGAGAAGGGAGAGUGGAAGCGAAUAUUUAGAACUUGGAAGCUACAUUUGGUUGCUUCCGAAGGCUUCGCGGGGUCUAGAAGAAGGGGGCUGUUCCUUUGACGCUCUUGCACUCGCAUCGUCGAGAGAGAGCAAGAGAGUGAUCCCAUGGCUCUGAGGCGUUUCUUCGGGUUCUCAGACGGUGAGCUGAUGAGGUCCGAUUCCAAGCCUUGCUCCAGACUCAUGCGCCAUACCGCUGGAAUCUUCACCGUCGGCGGCGCGCUCUUGUUCUGGACCUUCUGCAAGACCCACUACGGUCCAAGAUUAACUGUGCCACGGCAACUUCGGUGGGCAGGUUGUGGAGCAGUAUGUGUCAGCUCAACAACGGCAUUGCUUGUGCGUCUCUUUAGUCCUGAAUGUGAACCUCAGAAUAUUGCUGCAUACGACAAGCCUAAGAAUAAGUAAUAUGAUAUGGGUUAGACUGGAAGAGAUAGGCAUUUGUCGAAAUGGUUAUUCUUGUUUUUAGCAUCUUAGCAGAUGUGGCUUUGUAAGAUGCAAGAGGGCAGGCAAUUUCUGUUUUGCCUUACUGGUGGAAUGGAAUAGCAGUUCUUGAACAAUAGUGAGUGUGCUUGUAACAUGUGUAAGCUUUUCAACUUCAGAAGAAAAUCUGUCGACAUACUUUUGUUGGCCAAAUUGACUGACAUGAUACCUUUGAUGGGUGAUGAACCAGCAUUGGGGAGGUUUUCAUGACUUAUGGUAGCUUUGCAUUGGAGCGGCUGUGUUAUCUCUAGUUGUAUUAGUGUCAGGCUUGAUCGUGUGUCUAGUAUCAAUUUAGCAAGGAUAUCUUAUUUCUCUGUAUUUUCCAAUUUAAAGUUCUUGAGUUGGAAUUUAUGGUAUUGGACCUAUUGGUGUCUUUGUGCUCA